AUGGAUGGUUCCACUGAUCUUCAGACUACUUUGACGUGAGCUUUUUGCGAACUGUCUUGAUGAGAUUUUUGAAUGUGUUUCUUAUAUAUAUAUAUAUAUAUAAUAUACAAGAUCUGUCUUUUUAGCACACGUGUGCUUCAUAAAUUGCCAUUUUCCAGAAACCUAGUGAAUGUGUUCGACGCCUACGCGUACAUUUUCGCGGCAAUCGACCUGAUGAUCAACACGUUCCACGCGUACAUUUUAUCGAGAAAACACAUGAGGACCUCUUCGACGAACUCGAUCUUACUCGGAAUCGCACUCGUUGACAUGGUGUUUCCGUUGAUUUCGAUCAAAAAACAGACGAGGAUUUGGAUGUUCGGAAGUGGCAAUUGGUGGGUUCUUUUCGGUUUCUAUGCUUUCUCCACGUUUUUCAUGUUUCUUUUCAAAUGUGCCAAUUCUAGCACCGCCGUCGAAGGCUUGUUCGAAACGAAUUUGGACUGGGCCCUCUACACUCUCCGCGAUGAUUUCCGACGGUGUUCCACGUGGCUCGGCCUCUCUCUGGCCGCAGUUCGAACGAUCGCCGUCAGAAAUACUAUGAAUCACAAGUGAGGAUUUCUCAUUUUCUCGGAUACCGCGACGUUUCGCAACCAGGACAGCUCUAAAAUGGACGUUUGGCAACUGAAAAUUGUGAGAAAGUGGGAAAAGUGGUCGUGCCAGCUGCACGCAAACACCACGACGAUCAUUCGCAGACACACGUUGUUUUUCAGGACAUGCUUUAUUGAAACUACUUAUGCCAUUGGAUAAAUCAUACAAAAUUACUCAAUGGUGUAGUACUUCGUAUUUCUCAAAAAUGAUAUCGAGGGCCAGAUUUAGGACCUCAAAGUACUUUUCGACGCCCAACUCUAAAAACCCUCCAUCUUUGGGCACUUAUAACUCAAGAUCCAUUCGUUAUUUCAAAAAGUGGUCAACUGAAAAGUUGUUGUAAAUUUUGUGCUUAACAACUUUGUAGUUGAUCAUUUUAUCCGAAAACUUGUCAUUCUUGAGUUAUGGUCUUGUUUCUAAGCACUAUUCACAAGGGCGAUGAGAAGUGCUUUGAGGUCUCAAAACAGAUCCUACUUAUCGGUCGAAAAUCCAGUUUCCAAUCACUUGCCAGUCCUAAACCCCACCGUCUCUUUUACAGUUUCAAGUACGUGUCCCAGUCGCGGUUCGGCUGCAAACUCAUUCUUUCCGUGAUCGCCCUCAGCUCAUUUCUCUCCGCUUUCUACUAUCUCCGCUUCAAAAUCGCCGAAAACGGUACUUACUGGACACCGCCCACCGAGUACAAUUUCUUCUUUCCCCAAACAUUACCUGUUUCAUGAUAAUUUCAGGUGCGAAGGCUACGCACCCGGCUACACGGCGCCCAAUUACGUAUAUCAGGAGCAGGCACUGUACACGUUUUCCAAUGCGAUUUUCCGGAAGGUCUAUUAUAUUUUGGUGGGCGCUCUUGGAAAGGCUAGUGAUAUUAUUGAUCAGAUCAAUCACGGCGAGCUUUUUACUGAUUUUCAGUUUAUUCCCUGCAUUCUGUUCCCAGUGUUCGCCGUCAUUUUGAUCCGAGAGUUGCGAAAUGCGAAGAAAGUUCGGGCACAGGCCACGAAAGAUGGUAAUGGGACAAAGUGGGACACCUCGAAACAUUUUUGUUCAACAUGCUCAUAAUUUUGUUCAGAAAAGACUUGACGACACGGCUGGUAAUCUACAUGACCGUCUCAUUCUUCGUCAUCGAGUUCCCGAUCGGAAUCUGUUUUUGGAUUGAAGCGGCCGCGAGCACAAGUGACUCAAAGUGAGUUUUGUGAUAAAAAUGAGAACAAAACGAACAACUUUGAACCUACAAUAGAUCGGAAUUGCAGAAGCGUCGCCACCAGCAUCAUAACCCUCCUGAACACGGUCUACAUCGUCAUGACGCUCACCCAUUUCUCCAUUUGUUUCUUCAUGUCCACACAAUAUCGGCGGACUGUGAUCAGUGUGCUCAAGGGCGGAAAACACAAAAUAUCGUCGUCCGUGGUCAGCGUUGUGCAGAAUUUGAAAUCCGAAACCACUGCUUUUCAUUGA